AUGUCAGUCUAUUUAUUUUCAGUUGUAAAUGGUCUACGCGCACCAGCUGUCAUGGUAUUAGAUUCCAAUGUUAAUUUAGGCGAAGAUGCUACCAUUAAAUGUGCAUACGAAAUAUUUGAUGCAAGAAGCCGGGAUACAGUUUCAUGGUUCAACUGCACUUCAGCGGGAACUAUAUUAAAUGUGCUAUUUAACACUUAUAUUGAUAUAAGUCCUAAAGGCAGAUAUAGUAUUGAUAUCUCACAAGAUAAUGUAGCUAUUCUCACUAUUUCAAAUACAUUAUUGUCAGAUAGUGGAUAUUAUAAAUGCACAGUUGUUGAUUCAAGCUUUUACAGCAACAGUGAUUUUGCAAGUCUGACAGUUCAAUAUUUAGAUGAAAUCAUGAUUGAUGUCAGUUCCUAUACUGAUGAGCGAAACGUUAUAAUAACGUGUUCUGUAAAUGGCUAUCCAAUUCCUCAGAUGGAACUAUAUAAGGAUGACACUAUCAUCAUGACAGAAACUACAAAACUAAUAUACAUGAUAGAUAUUAUAACAGAGAGUGACGGAGGAAGUUAUAAAUGCAACGCAAGUAACAUUGUUGAUGUUAAGACAAGUGAAAUAGUACUUGAUUACUAUGCACCAGUAAUUACUUUUGUUCGUGACGUCAUUGUUGGUCCCGGAGAAGAUAUUGUUGCUGCGCCUAAAGUUUCAGCUAAUCCUAAUGACAUCACUUAUAAAUGGGUCACUAACCCUCCUGGAAUUAACGAUACAGAUAAUGACACAGCCACCUUUACGUUCAGAGUAGCAGAAGUUGUUGGCACAAACUAUACAAUAACUGUGACUGUUACUAACAGCAUUGGAUCAGCAACAAACUCUGUCAAAAUCACUGUACAAAACCCAUGUGUGGAUGAUCCCUGUGGAUAUAAUAAUAUUUGUGAAGUUAUUGAAAGGGGCUACAGCUGUAUACCUUUUGAUUAUUCCGACGCAUUGAAUUGCCCAAGAAAGUUCAAUGAAGACACGGCAAUAAAGAAUUAA